AACUGACUCUUAAGCAUAUAAAUACCGCAAAUAAGUUAAUUUAAGACAAAGCAACCAUGGAUUCACCUUCUUCUUUACAUAUAGCAAUGUUUCCAUGGUUUGCAAUGGGUCACCUGACACCAUAUCUUCACCUCUCAAACAAAUUAGCCAAAAGGGGACACAAAAUAUCAUUCUUCAUCCCCAAGAAAACACAAACAAAGUUAGAACAAUUCAAUCUCUACCCAAAUCUCAUCACUUUUUUCCCUCUCAAUGUUCCUCAUGUUGAUGGUCUUCCUCUUGGUGCUGAAACAACUUCAGAUGUUUCUUUCUCUUUAGGUCCACUUAUCAUGACAGCUAUGGAUCAAACACAAAACCAAAUUGAACUUCUCCUCACUCAACUAAACCCACAAAUUAUUUUCUUUGAUUUCACUUUUUGGUUACCAAAAAUAAGUCAAAGUUUAGGAAUAAAAUCUUUUCUAUACUUGAUUGUUAAUCCAGCAACAACUUCCUAUACCACGUCCCCACUAAGGAUGUGUGAAGCUGAAAAAUUGACUGAAGUUGACCUUAUGAAACCCCCAAAAGGGUACCCUAUUUCAUCUUUUAAUCUUCAAUUUCAUGAAGCAAAGCACCUUGCUUCUAAGAGAAAGUUGGAGUUUGGAAGUGGUGUUCUUUUCUAUGACAGGAUUUUUCAUGGUUUGAGCUUUGCAGAUGCAAUUGGGUUCAAAGGGUGUAGAGAAAUUGAAGGGUCUUAUGUUGAUUACUUACAAGAACAAUUUGGUAAGCCUGUUCUUCUUUCAGGACCUGUUUUACCUGAACAACCCAAAACUUUUUUAGAUGAAAAAUGGGGUUCUUGGCUUGGUGGAUUUAAGGAUGGUUCAUUAGUUUAUUGUGCACUUGGAAGUGAAUGGAUAUUGAAACAAGAUCAGUUUCAUGAAUUGUUGUUAGGACUUGAGUUAACAGGUUUUCCAUUUCUGGCUAUUGUUAAACCUCCAAUCGGGUUUGAGACCAUUGAAGAUGCUUUGCCAGAAGGGUUUAAGGAAAGGGUUAAGGAAAAAGGGAUUGUUCAUAGUGGAUGGAUACAGCAACAACUGAUUUUGGAACACUCUUCUGUUGGUUGCUUUGUGACACAUUGUGGCGCUGGUUCUUUGACAGAGGGGCUAAUGAAUAGUUGUCAGAUGGUGUUGCUGCCACAUUUAGAUAGUGAUCAUAUCAUUAAUGCAAAGAUUAUGGGAAGGCACUUGAAGGUUGGAGUUGAAGUGAAGAAGGGUGAGGAAGAUGGUUUGUUCACAAAGGAAAGUGUCUGUGAAGCUGUGAAAAUUGUGAUGGAUGAUGAGAAUGAGGUUGGUAGAGAAGUUAGGAUUAAUCAUGCCAAAGUUAGGAGCCUCUUAUUAAGCCAUGGUUUGGAGUCAGCUUGUGUUGAUACUUUCUGUGAGAAGCUUCAAGAAUUAGUCAGGUGAUAUCCUAACUGUAAUUUCUUGUUGUAUGAUUGUAUGGUUUCAAUAUAAAAAUCUGUAUGUUUUGAUCAAUCUGGUUGGAUUCAAAUAAAAAUUAUCUGGAAGUCCAAAAUACCAAGUAAAUAAGUGUUGUAUGAUUUGGAAUUGGAAUAUUGUUUACUCUACUGAAA